CCGCUACACCACCAGUCUUUGCUCAGGACGGAUGCUUACUGAAUGCUGGUAGCUUUGAAAACGAAACAUGUUGGAAAUCCCUCACGGCAACGUCGGUGGUGGUGACGUGUGCUGCACUUGCAGCAGCAGCGUGCCACUGCAGGCCUUCCGGUGAGGUUUCUAGCACGGAAUACGCAGAUUUUACGUUUUGCAUGCUAUACGUAGGGCAUGAAGUCACUGCAUUAUUGCGGGUAGCCCAACAUUGAGCUAUCCACAAUAUUGUAGUAGCUACGAUAUAGUAGCGCUCUGUUAUGCCUAUGCCUAUAAUAGCCUGCCUAUGUGCUCCGAAUAAAUCUCUAAAUUUAAGGCUGUGCGUUUUUUUUUUAACUGGUGGCCUGCCCUAGACGGCGCAAAUGGUCGCGGGAACGCAGCUUCGACGAAAGCGAAUAAGCGAAGUGGUCUCGUCUUGCGCUUGCAGAAAGGAGACAGCAUUAUGGUGGAAGUGGCCCGAGGCGGCGGCAGCGACGAGCAGAUACCAAUGGUUAUGCGGGUGCCGCAUUUGAGCAACGAGGACAUCGGCGCUUGCUUCGGGGAGUACUCUGUGCUUGGAUUCGGCGACAUCCUUAUUCCCGGUUUUCUCGUGGCGUACGUGCACAGCUUCGACUUGAUAGCAUCCCAAGGUUGCCUCUAUUACGUGACCAGCGUAACCGCCUACGGCGCCGGCCUCGUAGUCACUUUCAUCGGCCUGUACGUAAUGAAGAUGGCCCAGCCAGCCCUGCUGUACCUUGUUCCCGCGACGCUGAUUCCUGUCAUUCUCGUCGCGUGGUGCCGCGGGGAGCUUCGGGAAAUCUGGUACGGAAUCAAGCUUGAGACUCCUUUCCCCUCCGAGGAGGAACCGGAGCCCCCCGCAGACUCGUCCAAGAGGACGCGCCCCGACGAGGCGCAGCGUGGCCCGCCGCUUCCCGCGGCAGCCGCCGCCACCGAGCCGCCUCCGCAGCGGUCCGCCCUGUUCCCCGUGCACCGCUUCGCGCACCCCGUGCCGCAUGUGCCAGCAUCGCCGCUGUUUCACGUGCCUCCGCGAUACUUCUGA